AUGGCGGGCGUAACGGCGGGACGUUCGCAGUCGUUUCAAUGUUCACUGCAAGUUGUCCGUAAGUUCCCCCUGAAAAGAUACGCUUCCCACGCUUCGAACAAAAUAAACGGCCCUCCGAGUGACAACGAAAGUUGGAAGGUAUAUAUCAGCACUACAGACGACCCUCUCCUGCUUUACAUCACGGAUACUGACAUGUUGGUUGUCAACCAGGGAUCUUACAGUCAUGAGUGCGUAUUUCUACUAAACUCAAAGGACUGGGUCCGUGGAGUCAUGAAGGGCAACAGCAUGCUCAUCCUGUCUCGCUUUCAAGGCGACAAUGAACGGAGGUUCAGAGUGGAGUUUGACGGGUAUGCCGACAAGUCUGCAGUAGAACAGUGCCAGAUCUGCACAGAAUUGCUGUCGCAAUACUUUACAUUUCAAGAACCAUGUGAACCUGCAAGAAGCACAGGAAUCAACCCAAAUGACUUCUUCAAGCAACAGUUUGAAUCGCCCGAAGUUUUGCGCGAAAUCGUCAAGGCCUGCCUACAAGAUCCUUCAUUCCCAAACUUUGUUAAGCAGGUAGACGACACCUUGCAAAGUCUGCUAAGUACGCCGUAGGGUACCACAUUACAUGUACAAGAAAUAACUGCAGACUGAUGUUUGUUGGCUAGAAUGUUCCAAAUGUGAACAAUAUCUAUGCGAAGUGCAAUAAGUUUUCUUUUUCUGACAAUUAAAAAAAAGCAUAAGAUACUACCAUGCUGCUUAGAUGCAAUGUUUUGUACUUUAUUAUGGUGUUUUUACAAUGAGUUUAUAUUUACAAGCACGAAUAAAAAAUUCAUGUGAGUGA